AUGCUACGGUUUGGUUCAGGUAUUAGAAAGUUUAGCAGUAGCUCAAUUGCUAGAGCUGACUACUCUCAUGCGAUCAUAGGAGGAGGAGUCGUUGGAUUGGCAAUUGCAGCAGAGUUAUCAAAGAAACCAGGGAACAAGGUUGUAAUUAUUGAAAAAAACACAAAGGUUGGUCAGGAAACUUCUUCAAGAAAUAGUGAAGUGAUUCAUGCUGGCUUGUACUACCCUAAAGACAGUUUGAAGACAAAGUUGUGCAUUGAAGGUAAGGAAUUGUUAUAUAGAGAUGCCUUCAGAGCAGGAGUUGAAAUGCAAAAAUGUGGGAAAUGGAUAGUGGCUCAAAAUGAUACAGAAGAUGCCUUUAUUGAACACCUUUACUGGAAAUCACAAGACCUUGGGGUAAAGACGGAAUUGAUACCAACUUAUAAAGGUCAGUAUAUUGAAGCUGCCGUUCAUGCAGAAAGAGGGAUUCUAUCCUCCCCAACAACUGGUAUUAUAUCUGCGCAUUCAUUAAUGGAUUACCUUUACACCGUCUUUCAGGAAAAUGAUGGUGAAUUAGCUGUUGGAUCUGAAGUUAUUGGUAUUGAGAAAAACAAUGAUGGUUAUAAAGUUCAUGCUAAAUCAACACUUGAGGAUGAAGAUGUGGUUAUUGAAGUUGAUAACGUUGUAAACUCUGCUGGUCUUUAUGCUGAUAAAAUUUCAAAUAUGUUAUUACCAAAAGACAGACAUGUGAAGCAAUAUUAUGCUAAAGGUACUUACUUCAAUUUUAACAAUUCAUUCCCAGAAGUUAGAAGAUUAAUUUAUCCAGUCCCUGCUAAAGGGGUGAAAGGCCUAGGGACUCACUUGACAUUGGGAUUAGAUGGUCAAAUGAAAUUUGGUCCAGACAUUGAAUGGGUUGAUUCACCAAAUGAUUAUACACCUAGUGUUAAUAAUUUAGAUGAGGCGUACAAACAAAUCAUCAGAUAUUUCCCACAUCUUGUGAAAGAAGAUUUAAGUCCAGCUUAUAGUGGUAUAAGACCUAAGUUGAUUGGGCCUGGUGAUGAUUCCUUCCAAGACUUUGUGAUUAGAGAAGAGGAAGGUUUCCCAGGAUUUGUUAAUUUGUUGGGUAUUGAAAGUCCUGGGUUGACCUCAAGUAUGGCUAUUGGUAAGUAUGUUGCCAAUAUUUAUCAUGGUUGA